AUGUCCACCUUUACAAGUCUAUUGGCAAAGCAUUUGACGAGCUCAUCAUGGAUGGCGAUAAUGUUAGUAGUGGCUGUAGUAUGCCUAUCCACAUCGGUAGGCGCAACAGAGAAUCAUAUGUUUGGAGUGUACUCAUACACACGAGCAAAUGACUAUCCGAUGGAUGUUACUUCAUAUGCUAUGGCUAUAAUAUUCUUAUUAACGGGAACAGUGAGUUUAUUCCGUGGCAACAAAUAUAAAUGGCUUACGAUAGGUUUAGGUGGAUUUUAUACGGCAGGGAUAAUGAUAGCUUUGUUCGUUCUCAAAUUCCAAAAUGUUACGAAUCCAUCAGAAGGCGUUCGUUUUAUAUAUUUAGCCAUCGGUAUAGCAGCAGGUGUAGCGACGGGGCUAUUCUUUGUUUGCAUGUGGCCGUCUGGGCGAAUUCUUGUGGGCGCAAUUGGCGGACAUUGUUUGGCGUUUAUUCUUUUAUCGACUCGCACAGACGGACUGAUAGAACUCCAUAUACCGAGAUAUAUUUUUAUGGCAUUAUUUAUUGUGUUGUUUGGAGGAGCAUCAGCUUUUCACAGAUUAUAUCCAUAUGUCGCCAUCGCAUCAACCGUAUUCACCGGAGAUUAUUUAAUAAUGCUCGGAGCCGAUAUAUUUGCAAAAUCUGGGUUACUGGCCGGGUAUAAAUAUACUUGGGGAUUCACACAGCCGGAUGAUUAUAGAUACACUGUGGAAGUUGACAAUGGCAUAAUCUUAUUGACAGUUGGAUUGGUGCCCCCUCCGGAUGCCAAUGCUGAUACAUUAAGAUCUGCGAGCCGCAAUGACAAUGGCAAUCGAUCAUCAAUCGGUGCGGGUGUUGAUCAUACUAGGAGAGAGUCACGUGAAAAUAAACCAUGGGGGAUGGUAUCCUCCACGCUGGCGUGGACAAUGGGAAACAGGGCGUCCUAUUUUGGUAGGACGAAUGUAGCCUGGGAUUUGAGAUCUCUCGCAACGACUGAAAGAUCAAUAUAUGGCGGAUCGACUAAAGAAUAA